GAAAAAACUAUUUUUGUCGAAUGCGGUGCUAGAAUUUUCCAAACAACCGUUGCCUACGGGAGAGAUUAAAAAGUCUGAAAUAUGACCGACACAGCAGAAAAUACUAUCGCAGCGAAGCCAAAAAUCAAGCAUGACUGGUACCAGACAGACGCACAGGUGGUGGUCACCAUUCUGCUCAAGAACGCGCCGGCUGACAAGGUGAAAGUUCAUUAUGGAGACCGCAGUCUUUCAGUGUCUGCCCCACUACCAAACACAGAUGCCGAGUACAGUCUAGAAUUAGAACUAGCACAUGAGGUGAUUCCUUCCAUGAGCUCCCACAUAGUGUCUCCGUCCAAGAUAGAAGUCAAGUUACGGAAGAAAGAGGGCCUGCGGUGGGCCAAGUUGGAGGGGGAAGGGAAUGAAGAGAAAAUAAAGGCUAUACCACAAGCUGUCAUAGAUGCUUCCGGGCCUCCUGCGCCGCCGAAGAUAUUCAAAAAAGACUGGGAUAAAAUUGAGAAAGAGAUUAAGAAAAUGAUGGCGCCACUAACAAAAAGCAUAUUUUUCCUUCUCAUAAAUAUAUAUAUUAAAAUAUACGGCGAGGGAUCAGACGAGGUGCGGAGAGCCAUGAACAAGAGCUUUGUGGAGUCCGGAGGCACAGUGCUCAGUACAAAUUGGAACCAAGUCGCCAAAGACAAGGUGGAAGUCAAGCCGCCCGAUGGACUCGAGUUCAAGAAAUGGGAUCAGUAAACUUAAUACAACCAACAUAGUCAUACAAAGAGGAUCGAGUGUACCAUAGCCUCGUGGCGCCCAAUGUACUUUCUAAAGUACAUAAUGGUUUCAAUGGAAUUUUAACUUUCAUGUAAACAAAUAAAAUAUAAUUUCUUUUGUUUCUAAAAUUUUUCGAACAAAUGAAAUUGAAUUCAAUCUCAAGUACAAUAAGAAUCAAGAUUCUCUAGCAAAAAUUUUGUAUGGUGGGCGCUACGAGGAUAGAAUAGAUAAACAAAUGUGAGUGUGCACGGGAAAACGUCCCACUUUGUCGAUUGCUAUAAAGCCGCUUUGUCAGUUUAUUCAUAUAAAGAUACAAGUAAAUCUCGCCCUAAUGGUAACCGGCAAAUUGGG